UACGCAAAACGCCAAACAACGAGCAACAAGAACAAGGUUCCGGAUAAAAACAUUCUGUCGGUACCCAGACUCCCGGUUCCAUAUUUUCUCUUCGGUUGGGGAGUGGAAAGUGAAACCUGUGCAACUCCCCAAUCGUGUGUGUGUUAUUAAAGUACACGUUGAAACAGUCAAUGAACACUAGAUCCGUGGAUAAACAAGUGCAGUGACACAGUGCACAAACAACGAUCGAUUUAACACAGAAAACAGAAUCUUCCCAUUAACCAGCAGAAAGCGGUACGAGGAAAUCCAUUGCGAAAAGAUGCCUCCAUCGCGACUCGACGGUCUCUAUCGGUCGCUGCUGCUGACCAAGUUUUUCUGCAAAGGCUGGGGCAAACCGGAAAAUAUCGAAAGAUUGUUCGAGUUUCGAAAGAUCAUUUCGAACCGGGCCGCUUGCUCUCAGCUGAUCCCGCGCGACUAUCCGGUGGAAAUAACGCGCGAAGAGGUCACCUCGGACUGCAAAAUACUUGAGGGCAAGUUUAUUACUCCCCUGGAAAUCUACAUGCCCGGUCUGGUACCGGACGUCGCACAGAAUGCCCACUUUCAGAUCGUGCUGCCGCUGAAGUGGAACGACGAACGCUUCAAACCGAUGUGCAUCCACCUGGCCGGUACGGGCGAUCAUUACUUCUGGAAGCGAAGGAACCUGAUCGUCAAACCCCUGCUGAAGGAAGCCAAUCUCGGGGCCAUUAUUCUCGAGAACCCAUUCUACGGUUUGCGGAAGCCCAAAGAGCAACGGGCCUCAAGUUUACAGAAUGUCUCGGACAUUUUCGUUAUGGGCGGUUGCUUGGUGCUGGAAACGCUCGUCCUACUGAAUUGGUGCGAACGAAACGGCUAUGGACCUCUCGGUAUCACUGGGCUGUCGAUGGGAGGGCACAUGGCUUCGCUGGCCGCAACAAAUUGGCCAAAGCCGCUCGUGCUCGUACCGUGCCUCUCGUGGUCGACCGCAUCGCCCGUGUUCACCGAAGGCGUCAUGAGUCACUCGAUCAGCUGGGACGUGCUCGAAACGCAGUACUUUGCCGACGGGAACUUCCGCGAGCGUCUGUCCAAGAUGGUGACCGUUGUGGAUGACGCCUUUGUCGCCGGCAAGCAUUUCGUGCAAAACUUUGACCAGUCAGUAGAAGAGUUGCGGCUGGACAUUGACGAAACGAAGGAUCUCGUGUGCGGUCAACCGACGACGGACGUGAAUCUGUCCGUCAUCCGAGAGGCGACCCCGGAGCGGGGCGAUCAGCAGCAGGACAAGGAACCGCUCAAGAGUCGUAUCCACAUCAACCGAACGAACGCACUGAAUCUCUCGGAACCGCUGCUGGAGAAAUUGCUCUCGAACGUACGGUGCGAGCUAACCCAGGAAGAGGUGGACGAACUGAACGUAAAGAUCCACCUCGCGCUCAAGCGUCAUAACGAGGAAAAUCACACAGGGGCCGGCCAGCCGGGUGAAAAGUUGAUUCUCACGGUAGCCACGAAACCGAACCCGACCGAAGACCCGGCCACGGCCGUGGUUGCUUCGUCCAAGUCGGUCGGCUCUAAAAUUAUGGAGUACAUCACCUGGGGUGCCUAUUCGGCCAGCUCCUCUUCGUCCACCCCCGGCGAGAAGCGGGUUCCGAUCGAUACGACCAAACAGCGCUGGUGGGAACGGGAAGCGUUACAGUUUAUGCGCGGCAUGAUGGACGAAUGUACGCAUCUGAAGAACUUCUCCGUACCCUACGACACGUCGCUGAUCAUUGCCGUGUGCGCGAAGGACGAUGCCUACAUUCCACGGGACGGCUGCACCAGUCUGGAAGACAUUUGGCCCGGUGCCGAGAUACGCUACCUUGACGCUGGCCACGUCAGUGCGUACGUACUGCACCAGAAGCUGUUCCGAUCGUGCAUCAUCGAGGCGUUUGAGAGAGCGAAGAAAAAGUGGGUUCCCGAAAAUGGCACUCUGCGGACGGAGGUGAAUGGAGGUAGUACGCCAACGACAGACGAACCGCACAAAUAGUGUGAAAGCCGACCUUUCGGGGAACCAUCGGAAAUGGUGCCUUCGAUCUGCCGGUUAACCAAAGAAUGAAACAAUGGAGGCGACCCUCACAGGAUACACAGGGCAAUGGUGGUAACACAGUAACUGCCGACUCUGCCGACCGUUCCGUCGGACCAGGAACAGCGCGCGAAUUAUCACUGACCGAAGGAUAAUCCGGCUGGAGUGUGGCUGCUGGUACGGUGGUUGGAUUUUGUGAGAUUAGCGAGAAUGUGAUAAGCCUUUUGAUGAUUGGGUGUACAGUAACAGAACAGAGAGAGACAAAGGAGUCAGAAGGAGAGAGCAUCUGCGACAGUCUGAAGUCAUCCGCCAGAAAGUGUUAAUUUUAUGUAUUUUUAGAUUGAGCAAUUCUAGUAGAAACCUGCCGCGAAAGAGCCGCAGAGUCCGGUCUUCUUAGUUGUAUUCAAAUUCAAUUGCUUCGUUAUUGUGUUCAUGCGCUAGGCUUCAGUACCUCGAAUACAAUCUCUUCGAUCGAUCGGUUCCAUUUAAUAAAGUGAAAAGAAAAGAUUAACGAAGUUUAACGACAAACAAUGCAUCGAGUAUCCGCAGUGCACCGAAACGAAAGCGACGCAGUGUAACACUU